AUGGAUAACUACAUGAAGAAGUCUACAUGGUUUCUCCUCUUGGUGUUUCUCAUCAACUUGGUGAAAUUUGCAAACUUCGAAAAGCUCUCAACGGUCUCAAAUAGGCUCCCGAGCUUGCUGUUGUCGCAUUUUCUCUCUUUAUAUGUUAAUGACAUGAUUAUUACUGGUGAUGAUACUGAUGGCAUUACGGUUCUAAAGUCAGAGUUAGCUCGUUGCUUUGCAAUGAAAGAUUUAGGCUCACUUCAUUACUUUUUGGGUAUUGAAGUUGCAUCAUCCCCGAAAGGUUAUCUUCUUUCUCAGUCUAAGUACAUAGCUGAUAUAUUUGAGCGUGCUUGUCAUACUGAUAACAAGACUAUUGAUACACCUCUUGAGUUUAAUGCUAGAUAUUCGUCUUCUGAUGGUUCUUCAUUAUCAGAUCCUAGUUUAUAUCGUACUAUUGUUGGUAGCUUGAUUUAUCUUACCAUCACUCGUCCAGAUAUUGCACACGUUGUUCAUGUAGUUAGUCAUUUUGUUACCUCGCCUACUACAGUUCAUUGGGCUGCUAUUCUUCAUAUCUUGAGAAGUGCAAGAAACAAGUUACUGUUUCUAGAUCUUCCACGGAAACAGAGCAUCAUGCCAUGGCUCCACUACUUAUGA